AUGGAUCCGGUUCACAGGAAGCUGAGGCUAAACGGAGCAGUUGUGAAAGUGCAACAAGCGGAAACAGCGGGAGAGAUGGGGAAAAUAACCGUAGACGUUAAAGAGCGAGCGGAUGAGUUGGAAGCGCAGGUGAAGAAGCAAGGGGAGGCGAUGGCUGCUUUGAAACGAGAGGUGGACGAAAUGAGGCGCGCGUUGGCGAAAGGGGCAUUGGAGUUGAUGAGAGCGGGGGACGACCACGACGCAGGCGGUGCGGCAGCGGGAAAGGACGCGGACGGCCUUCCAGCGCAGCCGCCGCCGCCGCAGAAGGGCGAGGCGCUUAUGGCCCUGGUGGAGGCCAUGAUCGCGGCGCGGGUGAAGGACGUGCGGGACGAGCUCGAGUCGCAAGUGCGAGGAUUGAAAGAGCAGCUGGAGGCGGCGAAAGUUUGUUUUAAGACGUCUCAAAACACAUUUAAGGAGCAGUUAGAAGCGGCGAAAGGCGAGGCGAGGGGCGCGGCGAGCGAGGUGAAGGCGAUGGUUAAUCGGCAGGCGGCGGAGAUCGCGGAGGUGAAGGCGACGGCGGCGCACAUUGACGCGCGGAUGAACGACGUGGAGCUGGCGGCGGCGGAGUGGAAGGACGCGCCGCGGGAGAAGGACGCGCCGCGCGCCGAGCGCAGCGACGCCGACGCCAGCGCGAGGGAACAAGCGGGCGCGGAGGGGCGCGAGGGGAAGAGGCGGAAGAGGGAGGAGGCAGGGAAGGGGGACGAGAUGGCACAACCAGGUGGUUCUCCCGAUGCCGCUGCUUGCGGAGGUGCACUACCAGCGCUCGAAUCUUCUGCUUCUAUUCAAAAGCGGGAUGCAGCGGACGAUACGAAAUGGGAGGUUGAACGGCAAGAGCUGAAGGGCCGGGUGGACUCACUGGCAUGCAAAGUGGCGAAGCUGGAGAAGACGAGUGGCGAAGGGAAGAUGAUAUGGGAGGCAAUGCUCACGCUGUGGGCGGCAGCUGCUCCAGACCAAACUCAAAUGGACCUUUCCGGCAUUUCCUGCCUCACUGACGCGGCUCUCACGCGCCUCACCUCGUUGCACUCCCUCACCCCCCUCAACCUCCGAGGCUCCUCCGGCUUCACCGCAGCAGGAAUGCGGAAACUCUACUCUCUCAAAGGCCUGCUUCGUCUGGAGCUGGGCACCCCUGGCGUGACUAAUGCUGCCCUGGAAGGCAUUGGCCAGCUGAAGAGCCUGAGCGUCUUUAUUGCCAAUCACACCAGGAUCACCGAUGCGGGAGUGGCGAGGCUGCAAGAGCUGUCUGCGCUCACCGCGCUGUGCAUAGCCGGGUGUGCGUCGGUCACAUCUGCGAGCAUGGUGGAUGUGGGUAAAAUGACGGCACUGGAGUGGCUUACGCUGAAUGGGAGUGGAGUGACAGAGGAUGGGCUGGAGCAUCUGACUGGCCUCACGUCUCUCAAGUAUUUCAUGCUGCCUCCGGGAGUGACGGACUCGGGGAUCAAGCACUUGAGGAAUAUGAAACUGCUCGAGAAGCUGUCGCUGCGGGAUGCGAGCAUCACUGCUUCAGGCAUGAAGUGGCUCAAGGGCCUUAAGUGCCUCCAAAAGGUUGCAACUGAUUCGUACGAGGUCGAAGAAUUGAUCAGGGAUAUGCUCCCUGGAGUCAUUGUUACGUCGGGUCCCCUCAACGCGUAG